ACACUCUUCUUCUUCAUUCUCGGGAGCUCGCGACUGUUUUGCAAAAGAAGACACAGACAGGAGGGACGACGGCUAUCGGAGGAGAAGACGGCGGCGAAUAGGGCAGAGUUCAAGGGCAAAUGGCUAGCGGAAGCCUGAAGAGAAUGAUAUCUGCAGCAGUGACACAAGGGGUGACUGAGGCAAGGGCAAGGAUUUUCGGGCAUAUGCUUAACCCGACGGGGGAGCGGUCUCCCCAUAAGUUAUUGCGGAAGAAGCUCAUCGGUAAGAAGGUUGCUGAAUGGUAUCCAUAUGACAUCAAGCAAGAUUUUCCUGAAAUUAUGGCUAAACAAGAACAAGAGCGUUUAUCGAAGCUUGAGAUGUUGAAGCGUCGUGGGAAGGGACCUCCCAAGAAGGGUCAAGGAAGACGUGCUGCUAAGCGUAACAAGUAGAAGUAAAUUUGUUAAAGACAUCUCUUCACUUGCAUUGGUAUAUUUCCGGUUACCAGACAGAACUAGCAUGGUUUCUGCAUUAUGUUUUGAACUUUCUCUGAGUUGUUCCCAUGUCCUACUCAGAAAAAAAAAAAGUUGUUUGCUUCAACUUGGCCCUUAUCUAGAUGACUUCCUCAUCUAUUUUUCCUCUUGUUUUCGUUAUUAUAAUUUGAGAAUAAGGAAGUUUAAGGACCAUGAUUCUUUAAA